AUGGAGAUUCAUAGGUGUCGUUUCGUAGAGUAUAUGCCAUCAGCUAUUAAUGCUCUUGCAUUUACGACCGGUACGGCUAGACCUUUAGUUGCAUGUGGUCGUGCUAAUGGAGAUAUUGAAAUAUGGAACCCGUUUAGUUGGCACCUAGAAAAAAGAAUAUUAGGUGAAUUGAAUACUUCCGUGGAAUCAAUCAUAUGGGUACAUAAACUUAGUUUAACAGAAACAGAUAAGAUAAUUUAUAGUACAAAAGAUGAACAAGAAAAAGCUUUAAAGGAAUUGGCUAAUAAAUCGCCAAGAUUAUUCUCUGGUAGUGCCAAUGGAUUAAUAAUUGAAUGGGAUACGACAAAAUUAAAAAGCAAGAAAUUUAUUAAUUCACAUGGAGGAGCAAUUUGGUGUAUGGCCGUUAAUCACGCAAAUACAUUACUUGCUAUUGGGUGUGAUGAUGGAGGUGUACGAAUAUUUGAAAUUACAGAUGAUGGAUUAUCCUUAGUAAAAAAUUAUGAUAGAAAGGAAGCAAAAGUUACUUCUAUAGCCUGGGACAAGGAAGAUAAAUAUAUUGUAUUUGGGACUUCGAAUAGUCUUAUUAUAAAGUGGGAUGUUGAACAAGGACGUGAAAUACUUAGGAUAACUCCAGAUAAAAAUUCACGGAAAGAAACUAUUGUAUGGGCAAUUCAAGUGUUAAAUGGUGACUCGCUUGGUUACGUAUGUUUCUGGGAAGGAACAUUUGGCACGAUGAAACAAAAACUUGGUGGUCACGACGCAGAUGUUUUGUGUUUGGUUUCGAAUAUGGAUGGUACAAUGGUUUAUUCUUCUGGAGUAGAUCGUAAAUGUGUUCUAUAUCGAAUUGUUCCUAAACCCAAAUCAUACGGUAAGGAUAAUUCAGUCAAUGAGAAAUACUGGGUAAAGGUAGGAUAUAGUCGUCAUCAUAUGCAUGAUGUGAAAGCUCUCGCGAUAUGUGAAGAAAGGGGUGUUAAUUCUGUAAUUUCUGGAGGUGUUGAUACAACUAUGGUCUUUGCUCCAACUUUAAAUUUCCCUAAAAGCAAAUAUUAUAGGGUGCCUUAUGUUCCUUUAAAACCUAUGAUUAACAUGUCCAAAUCAAAAAAAUUAAUAAUGUUUCGAUCUAAUGAUCAUAUAAAAAUCUGGAGAUUGGGUAAAGAUCAAUUUAAACAAAAAAUUCCUCGUUUGGAAUUAGUAGAACCUCAAAAGGCUAUUUUAGAAAUAAAAUUAAAGGGAAAUAAUCAAUUAAUGGCAAGUUCAAUAUCCGAAAAUGGGGAAUGGAUUGCAGUAUCUGAUGUUGAACGUAUCAAAUUGUUCAAAGACGAUAAUCCAGUUCAUUCAAAUCAUUUAAAAGUACGUAAAAUAAAAGAUUUUCCUCAAGUAACUAUAGACGGACGUAAUGUUGGAGCCAAUUUAUUAGGAUUUGUUCCAAAUGGAAGUAAACUUGUAGUAGCUUUUAUGAAUUCUGAAAUAGUAGUUUUUGGGCUUGAAAUUGACGAAGAGGAUGAUGUUUAUAUAACAGUUCUGGAACGAUUUGAUGACUACUCUACAAAACCUGAUUGUGAACCACUAACCAGCUUGACUAUAAGUGAAGAUGGUAAAUGGUUAGCAACUGGUGAUCUUCUAAAUCAAAUUUACGUAUAUAAUUUAGAGACUCUUAAGCAUCAUAUGACCAUUAAUCAAUUUUCUUCUAUACAUACUUCAUUAACAUUUAAUCCAUUUGAACCUAUACUUGUAAUAACUUUGACAUCAAAUCAAUUCUAUCUUUUUGAUUUACAACAAAAGAAAUUAACCGAUUGGUCAUUAAAAUAUUCAGAAAAACUUCCGCAAAACUUUCUUAAUCUUAAAGAUAAGAUUAUGGGAUGUUCAUUUAAUCCAUCUUCUGAUAGUAUGAUUGUAUGGGGAGCAAAUUAUUUAUGUUUAAUUGAUUUUAAUAAAUGCAAAAUAAAAGAAGGCACUGGAGAACAGGAACAAAAAUAUGAAAAAAUAUAUACGGAUACGAUCAGUUUUCAAUUAGUUAAUAGAUACCAAACAUUAAUGUAUUUAAAUUUUAUUAAACAUAAUCAAUUAGUUGUAGUAGAAAGAUCUUUUAGUUCUAUUUUAGAGAAUUUACCACCAUCAUUUUAUAAAGCAAAAUAUGGUACAUAA